AUGAAAUUGAACAGCCCGCGGAACGGCGGAAUCGGUGAAAGGUGGAUUGGUGGUCCGAGGCGAAAGAAUAAGUUUCGGCGGGUGGCUUCCAAGUUAUGUAGCGUUCAGUCAUGGAAGAGUCGACUACCCAUCACCAUAUGGUUACCAAAAUAUAGGCUAAAUUAUCUUAUAAAGGAUCUCAUUGCCGGCAUAACUGUAGGAUGCACUUCGAUACCUCAAGGAAUUGCAUACUCCAUGGUAGCUGGAGUACCACCUCAGGUGGGACUUUACGCGAGUAUCUUCCCCGGUAUGGUGUACACGAUAUUCGGUAGUUCAAAGGACGUAUGCGCCGGUCCGACCGCCAUUUUGUCCGUAUUGAUAGCUAAAUACGUUGCUCUGUCAGUUGACUUUGCAUUUUUCGCUGCUUUCAUGACCGGUAUUAUUAUAUUGUUACUCGGAAUAUUACAGUUGGGCUUUCUAUUGGACUUUAUAUCGAAACCGGUGAUCAGCGGAUUUACUACGGCCGCAGCCUUACAGAUAGGUGCAGGACAGUUGAAGGCACUAUUCAGGUUAUCAGGAUCUUCGGGUGAAACUUUUAUGAGUGCUAUAAUAAAUUUCUUCAAGAAUAUAAGCACGAUUCAAUUGUAUGACACAUUACUGGGAAUUAUAUCUAUCAUACUUCUUUAUAUCUUUCAGUUUUCCAAAAUUCGGGCACCAGAAGGGUCGAGCACGUGUCGAGUGCGGACGUCCCGUGCGUGGGUGUACGUAGUGAGUGCACGUAACGCGUUCGUUGUCCUUGGAGCUUCGAUACUUGCGUUCGCGCUUUACAGAUAUGAUAUCGUGCCUUUCAAUUUGACCGGUGAAAUCCAAGGUGGUCUUCCCUACUUUGGACCACCGCCCUUCAGUACAGUAGUGAACAACGUGACGCUCGGAUUCGAACAAAUGCUUGCGGUAUUUGGACCGAGUGGACUUGUCAUGCCAUUGGUUACCAUAUUGGAGAGUGUUGCUAUUGCUAAAGCUUUUGCUGGGAGCAAACCAGUGGAUGGCACGCAAGAAAUGAUAGCAAUAGGAGCGUGUAAUUUUCUUAGUUCGUUCGCGUCCGCCAUGCCAGCUACGGGAUCUUUCACGCGAACAGCCCUUAACCAUGCAAGUGGGGUGGUCACUCCAGCGGGGUCAUUCUUCAAAGCUUGUACCGUGUUACUAGGAGUGACUCUAUUAUCUCCGGCAUUCUUUUUCAUUCCGCGGUCAACGCUUGCCGCAGUGAUCAUAGUGGCCAUGAUUUCGCUUAUAGAAGUUGCUAUCGUUAAGAAGCUUUGGAAGAAUAGCAAGGCUGAGUUGUGUGUUUGGGGUGUGACUAUACUUGUGGGCGUGUUUAUUGGACUGGAGUAUGGAAUAGCUGUUGGUGUAGCCUGUGACGCUGUAAGAGCAUUGCUGGCGGCUGCCCGACCCAAGUUAUAUACGGAACAUAUCAAGGUGGGUAACCAGGACGUCACGACCUUAUCGCUGGUGGGCACGUUGUCAUACGCGUGCUCGGAACAUGUAGUACGCACACUCAGUUUGCACGGACACGAACGCAGUGUUAUAGUCUUGGAUGGAAGGUUGCUGGCGUCGUGUGAUUUUGGUGUCGCCGAGAAUAUCAUAACAUUAAUAUCGGACUUGGAUGUCGCUAAACAUCGUGUGUUGUUUUGGAACUUUACUCCCAAGUUACGGAAGCUUUUCCAGGAUUUAGCUCCAUCUUUCGAGAGGAAAUUUGUUAAUGGACCAAGUGUUGAGCCCUUUGUUUUAGGUUUGGAGACGGAUAGACAGGACAAUAACCGUAUUUCAUAA